AUGGACAGGCCCCGGGCUCUGGGCCUGCUCUGGGCGCUGCUGACUCUCUGCCUCACGGCUGGGACUCCGGAGGUGUGGCUGCAGGUUCAGAGGGAGGCCACCGAGGCCUCCUUCACCGUCCGCUGUGGAUUCCUGGGCUCGGGCUCCAUCUCCCUGGUGACUGUGAGCUACGGGGGCCCCGACGGUGCUGGGGGGACCAUGCUGGCUGUGCUGCACCCCGUAUUCGGCACCAAGAAAUGGACAGCUGCCUGCCAGGCCCGCUGGGAAACCAGUACCAGCGUCUCCCUCACCUUGGAAAGGGCUCCCACGGCAGGGAGGGGCUCCAGUUCCAACACCACCUUCUGCUGCAAGUUCACUUCCUUCCCUGAGGGCUCCCAGGAGGCCUGUGGGAAUCUGUCCCUCAGCACAGACCAAGAGCUCCCUGCUCCCAGUCCAGCCCCCGUGCUGCGGGCCGACCUGGCUGGGAUCCUGGGCGUCUCGGGGGUCCUCCUCUCUGGCUGCAUCUACCUUCUCUACCUCCUGCGUCGGCAGAGGCACUGGUCGGUCAUGAAGCUUCAGCCGCCGAGACACAGCAGCCCCCAGACAGACGGGAGAGCCAGUGCAGCCGGCCAAGCCUCCCUGACCUCCUUCCACGUCCCCUCCGCCGCCGUCGCCGCCACGACCACCAACUACUUCAGCCCGGCAACCCUGCACCCGGUCCCCCCACCCCAGCCACUGCCCGGGUGGGUGCCGCUCCCCCCCAACGCCGCGCGCCGACCCCAGAGCCCCGGCGCCUGGGCGCCCCCGCCGGCCUCCGCGCGCAGCAGCUUCGUCUCGGUCGAGAACCGACUCUACGCUCAGACGGAAAAGCGGCCGCUCCACGCCCGCGCCGACCGCAUCCCGCUCCCGGACCGUCUGGGGCGCAGAGCCGCUUUGGGGCCUUCAGGAGUGCGAUGA